UUAAAAAUAAGGAUAUAAAAACGUAAGCUACAUAAUGUUAUAGGAAGAAGAAUACUUUUUCUCUAAUCUUUCUUUCUUUUUCUUCCUCAUAUAUAUACAAAGGCUUCGAUUACAUAAUGUGACGCCUUUUGGUCUUAAUACAAUCAUCCCAGAACUAGCUGAACUCUAUAAGCUUCAAUAUUUUACAGAAACCAUACCCAAUCAUUAUAAUAAUGGUAAAUCUGAUUCAAUUGUUAUUGUUGAUCUUGUCAGGACAGAAUUUACAUCUAAACCGGAUUACAGAAAGAGAAAGGCCCAACGUAAAAAGUUCCUUGAAAAGCAUAACCUUCCAGUAGAAUCAUUUAUGAAAUCCAACAAAAAAUCAAAUCCAGAAUUAGGUCAAUCCUUUAUAAAAUCCAACACAAAAUCAAGUCCAGAGUUAGAUCAACGACCACAAAAGCAAAAGAAACAACAACGUAUAGUAGAAGUAGCUUCCAAUUCGGCUCCCAUUUCUUCAUCCAAUGUGGGGCAUCGUAUGUUGGCAGCUAUGGGAUGGAAAGAAGGUGAAGGUAUUGGAAGUUCAAAUUCGAAUGGCAUUAAAGAGCCCAUCAAAGCUUAUGUGAGAGUAAACAGAAGAGGUUUAGGUGCAUAGCAUAUUAUUAUACCAAUUAUAUCUAUAUGAAUAUAUAGAAUAAAAAUUUCUUUUAUUAUUGUUAUAAAUAAAAAAGUAAUUUUGAUUCAA